CGUAAAUGUUUAACUCUAGAGCAGGCCAGGAAUUCUAGGAGGUCAGCUAGAGCGUGAGGAAUCCAGAGACUUUUGACUUUAGAAACAGACUGUACUUUCAAGCGGAUACAUUUAUUUGGGGUGGAUAUCGAUGUAUUUUGGUUUCAGAUGAACAUUUUAUAUUGUGAUCGGCUAUUCCUGCCAUGGGGCUGAACACUUCUAAGUUGAACCACAAGGUGAGGAAGGUGGUGCCACUUGACGGUAAAGAUGUAUUUGUGUCUCCAACAACUUCAUCAGGAUUUAAUGGACGGAACAGCUAUUCUAACUUUGGGAAAAUGGAUCACAGGAACCUAAUAUAUGAACGCCAGCUUCCACCUCUCAGGGAGACGUUGCAUGGAAGAGGUCCAAUAGAACACAGGCCAAUUUCUUUUGAGGUUCCACUGGAAAAUGGUGACACAUCUAGUAUAAUAAAAAAGCAUCCUCCCCGACGACUCCAUAAACUUGAACCAGCACAACUACCAUCAUUAGUAUCUACAGAAACCAUUAUAAGUAAGCAAGAAGCCGCCGCAGCACGAAAAGGAAAGGUGCUGGAAAAGAAAGCAUUAAUGGCCAAACAAUCUUCAGUGAGGAGACAGCACAUUCACAAGAUGCAAAUGCAAGAAAUAAACCGCAAGCGUGAAGAGAUGAAUCACUUAAAGUCUCAGGCAGAAGUGAAGAGGAACAUCCACCGAGAGAGUAAGAUCAAUAAACAUAAAAUGAGGGAAAUGAAGGCUAACAAAGUGAGAGGAAAUGCAAUGAGGUGUCAUGAAGAUGAAGAUUUCCUGCCGGUGGAACAUGAUGAAACUUUUAAUAUGGAUCAUGGAAAUAGCUGGCAUUGGACCAUGAGGGAUGUUGACGGUACACCAGAUUGCCAUCUGCAGAAGAACAAGCUGAGUUUGUGGUUUCAGCUCCAUAAACAAGGGAUUGAGACUAGUUGUGACAGUUCAAGCAGUGAUUCCCUGGACAGCUGGAUCAGAGAAGAUGCACGGAGUCAUCAGAGACCUCCCUUAGUGAGGACACGGACUGAGAAAAUCCCAACUUUUGAUGAGUUCUAUGAUUGUGAAUUUUAAGUCUAGAGUUAGUUGUUUUUUCUGACAAAAGGAAUUUCUUUCCUGUAAAUGAUGGCAACUGAUGGGAUAUAAAUAGUUAAUUCUGAACUACAGGUAUGAUAUUAAUUGCAUACUUACAUUGGUCCAACUUGGACCAAUGAA